ACUUGUAACUUUUAUCUUAUCUGUGGUGGACAGUGAACAGAUGUAAACAACUGCUUAACCUAUAUUUUCCAUCCGCAUUAUGUCGGAUAGUGAUUCUAGAGAUUCAGAGGAUGGAGUUAGAUAUAAAACAGAAAAUGUGAGAAGUAAUUUAAAUAUCAAUAUUGAUAGCUAUGAAUUAAAAUCUAAUAAACGGAAAGACAAAGCCAGCAGAUAUUUAUCUGAAGACGAUGAAAAUGAAAAUAUGCAUAAAAAAAUUAAAAACAACCCCGAUUGUGAUGCAGCUUUGAGACUUAAUGUUAAUCAUAAAACUAUUUCAUCACGAAAAGAAAUGGCCAUUGGUCCAGUUCUACCUGACCAUCUACUUAGAAAACCAAAUCCAGAUGAGACUUUCAACACAGAUCCGCCAGAAGAAUCAUUUGUAGGACCAAAAUUACCACCCCAUUUAUUAGAAAAGAAGAAAAACGACAUGGUUGUAGGACCAGAAUUACCCUCAACACUAUCUGAAUCUAACACCGACAGAAAAAUAGAUUCAACUUUUAGGACAGAUAGACUUGAUCCGCCAAAAGAAUCAGUUGUUGGACCGAAAUUGCCACCCCAUUUAUUAGAGAGAAAGAAAAACGAUAUGGUUAUAGGACCUGCACUACCCUCGACAUUUAGCACGACAUCUGAAACUACUACCGACAGAAAAAUAGCUCCAUCUUCAGAUUCGCCAGAAGAGUCAUUUGUUGGACCAAAAUUACCACCCCAUUUAUUAGAUAAAAAGAAAAAUGACGUUAUAGGACCUGAACUACCCCCAACAAUUAAUUUAUCGUCUGAAACUACCACGAACAAAAAUAUAGGACCCAGUUUACCACCACAUUUAAGAGAAGGGAAAACGGAAGACGUUGCUUCAAGUAGUGAAGAUGAAGAUACUUAUGGUCCUCUACCUAGUGGUAUAAAAAUUCAUUCUAAGGUUCAUAAAGCUUUAGAAGAGCGUGCAUUACAAAUGAAAAUAGAUCAACUUGAUCCGAGAGCAACGAAGGAACCCGUACGAGAAACGUGGAUGUUAGAAUUACCUGAGGCAAAAGCUGCUCAUCUUGGUUUGGGUGCAAGACAAUUCAGAAGUAAAGCGGGGCCUGACUUAUCUGAUAGAUCUUCUUGGACUGAUGUAGCCGGCCAUAAAAAUAAAAAAGAGAAAAAAGUUGAUCUCAAAGCUGAAGCUAUUUCUAGAGAAAUUCAAAAGCGAGAUAACGAACAAGAUCUAAUGGCAAAGAAACACAAGAAGAAAGAAAAAAGCCUAGUCGAUAUACAUAAAGAAAAAUUGGACCAGCAAAAACAGGCAGCAGGUCCGAGCGAGCGAAAACCAUUCAACAGGGAAACCGAUUUGCAAGUGAAUCGAUUCGACGAAGCCCAAAAGAAAGCAGUUUUAAAAAAGGCUCAAUUGUUGGACGAUCGGUUUUCAGCUGGAAAGGCUAAAUAUCUAUAAUAUUUCUCACUCAUUGUUACAAAGGAAAUUUGAACAAUAAAGUAAAAUUAUACCUAACACUGUAUGAUCGAAACAAAACGCCGCCUGGGAAAUGACAAUCGAUAAUAAUUUUGGCGGGGUCAAUCUUUAAACGUCAUUUACUAAAAAUUGACCUAAAACUUGUCAAAAAUUGACACUUUUUUAAUAGCAAGAUUAAAAAAGGAUAAACCGUUUCCACACACAAAUCUAUUUCCAAAAAAUAAGUUUUUCUCGAAUUUUAAACUACACCAUUUAAAAAUCAUUUUUACUCAAUAUAAAAAUCAAUUACAACCUUAACGCCAACUAGCAGUAAGCGCCAUUAAAAAAAAUAAAAUGUACGGUCCAAGUAAUUGACGCCUAGGUCUUUUGGCUUAACCUCGCCAAAAUUAUUAUCGAUUGUGAUUCCCCAGCCGUCUUUGACGCCGUUUUUUUUUUCGAUAAUAUGGUAUCUACAUUAUGGUCCACUAAAUUAAUUUAGGCAUAAAUACCAAUAAAUAUUUAUCGUAACAG